AUGAGGAACCCCGAACCUUUGGAAUCCGAUGCCUUGCCUCCACCAUAUACAGAGAACGACCCGCAGACGCAGGUCCCAGGAUAUGAACCCGGGCCCGCAGCGACCAUCAAGUUCCCCCCCGCGCUGAACGGCUACUACCAAUGGAAGCUGACCAGCACCUUUCACCUGGGGCCGACCGCAGAGGAAAAGCUCUUCGCGGUGUCCACACACGCGACCGUCUUCAACAAUAAGCCCUCGGUGGUCCUGCACGAUGGACCGACUAACACACACCCGGUGAUGGCCACGGCCCUCGGAGAUAGGUGGGGGAGAUGCAGACCGAUCGCGCUCACUUUGCCCCCACGCCCCGAUAGCCCUUACUCCACGGAGAUUGUGGAAUCGUUAGUUCCCAGCUCUGCCAAGCUUAGCUCACCGACGCAUACCUUCGAAGCAUCGGUUGGCGAGAAAGGGACGACGCGGGAGAAAUUCGAGUGGCGCUCGAGUUAUGGCAAUGAGAUCAAGGAACUGGCGGGGCAUUCGCAUGGGUGGAAACUGGUGCGUCUGGCGGCAGCGCCGAAUGUAGGUGGGAGCAGGAGGGAGCGUGAUUUCGGGUAUACGAGUGAUGGGCUGGAGGUUGUGGCUGUCAUUGCGCACAACGCCUCGUGGAGCAUGACGAAGAGUCUCAGAUUUGCUUUUAUGGGCAGUGGGCUGACGGGGACGAUGGGGGAAGCGUGGGAGAUCCUCGUGGUGACUUCGGCUCUGCAGCUCUGGUAUAUAGAUGUGCAGACGAAUGCAGCGGCGACUGCUGCUGCGAGUGCUUGA